UGGUGACAUCGCAAACCCUUCAUCCUUUGUCCUGUGGCUAAACAGGGAUUGGGAAGAUCAAGUCAGGGCUGAAUCAAGAUUAAGUUGGCCUCUUCCAUCCUUAAUUUCUUUUUUCUUUUUUCUUUUAGAGAGAGAGCACACAAGCAGGGGAGAGGGGCAGAGGGAGAGAGAAUUUUAGGCAGGCUCCAUGCUCAGCAGUGGAGCCCAAUGCGGGGCUCAGUCCCACAGACCCUGAGAUCAUGACCUGAAAUCAAGAGUCAGAUGCUCACCUGACUGAGCCACCCAGGAGCCUCUCCAUCCUCAGUUUCUGCUCACCUGCCCCUAUCAGUUCCCCCCAGGGACCCAAAUUUGGCAGUUAAUGUAGCCCACAUCCCACUGUCCAUUUCCCAGGAAGCAGCAGGCACCGCCACCACAGCCACUGUACUAUCACAGGGGCCUUUGGUGAUGCCUCUUCAGAGGACUGGGCAGGCAGGGCUGUCAGCUGGGAACCAGGAGGGGUGUCUUGACCUGAAAUCAAGAACCAAAAUGGAGUUGGCCACUAGUUCACCUAUCCUCCACUACCUCUCUCUCCCAUCCCCACUCCUUCACCCAGUUCUGCUUAGUACCUCCCCAUCCCUGGUCAGCUGUGUGUAAAUAGAGAAGGAGGGGCCACCAGAGGCAGGGAAGGGAGGGGACCAUUGGGAUUAUAAAUUCCAAAAAGGCCACUCAACUCCCAGAGCCGGAUCCCUGAAAAUCUACUGUCAGCUGCGGUACUUGCUACCAUUCUCAGGAUCCUCAUCAUGAAAGGUCUUCUGCUGCUCACCCUGUCUGCUCUGCUCUGCUGGGUCUCAGCUGACAUUCGCUGUCACUCCUGCUACAAGGUCCCUGUGCUGGGCUGUGUGGACCGGCAGUCCUGCCGCCUAGAACCAGGACAGCAGUGCCUGACAACAAAUGUGUACCUCGGUAAGAUGUGGGUUUUCUCCAACCUUCGAUGUGGCACACCCGAAGAGCCUUGUCGGGAGACCUUCAACCAAACCAACCACAAGCUGGGUCUGACCUAUAACACUACCUGCUGCAGCAAGGACAACUGUAACAGCCCAGCCCCUCGGCCCACCCCGGCCCUGGCCCUUAUCCUCCUGACUUCUUUGGCUGGCCUUGGCCUCUGGCUGCUGCACUGAGACUCACUCCAUAGCUGCCCCUCCUCCCACUUGCCUUAACUUGAGCUGAGCCCUGUGUCCCCUGGCUCCCUACAAUGGCCUCUCCUUAGCUCCCUUUGCUCAGAAAAACAUUUCUCCAGACUCUUCACAUUUCUUUAAUUAGACAAUGGUCUCUCUACCCAUCCUGCCACUUUACAUCCUCCACUCUGCUUCUCCUGAGUCCCUGCCCAUAUCCUUCUAGACCAUUCCAAAUCUUCCCCAAUAGAACUCCUCACUCUAUUUUUCCUCCUGCACUCUACCGUGCCCUACUCCGGGAGCGAUGGGGACCUGGGCCUGAAAUUGUCUUCUGUCCUGUCCCCAGUGAAGGCUCCUAGGAAGGACCUGAUGACCUCGCUGUCUGGGGUUGAUUCCCCAAACCCUGGCCCCCAUACAUACCCCAUUCCCAUGAUCACCUCUUUCCAUUUUGAGUAAUAAAUGUCUAUGUCUGAUAAA